UCUACCAAAUCUUUCAACUUACUCUUUACAAAAUUGUAGUUUGUUUCUCUUUUACUCUCUUUCUUGUUUCUCUUUUCUCACCAAAAAAAAAGAGAAAUUUUGGGGUUUUUUGGGGGGCUGGGGGGGAAAUGGAGGUGAAUAGUUUCAGCUCUGAUGUUGCAGCUUUUGGGAAAAUAAUGGUAAACUCUGUUCUUGAAGCUGUUGUUGCUGAGACCCUUUUGGUUACUCAGAGAUCUGUUGCUUCUCUGCUCAUAGUGGCAGGAUGCUUGCUGAAGGAUGGUGCUCCAUUGCCAGAGUUGGUAACCAUUGCUCCAUCGUCAGAGUUCGUAAGCAUUUCUUCAUUGUCGGAGUUGAUAAGCCCCGAUAGAAGGUUUCCCUUUGAGGCUCUUAGUCAAAAGAACCAAGCUUGUACCGAGAACAAAGAUGGCAGUGAUACAGAGGAUGAUAAUGAAGACGACGAUGGAGAUGCUGAGGAUCAGGAUGACGACGAUGAUGCAAACGACGAAGAUUUCUCAGGUGAAGGGGGAGAUGACGAGGAAGAAGAAGGAGAUCCUGAGGAGGAUCCUGCGGCUAAUGGCAACGAAGGGAGUGAUGAUGACGACGAUGACGACGACGAUGGUGAUGAAGGGGGUGAUGACGACGAUGACGAUGAUGACGACGGUGAUGAGGAAGAGGAAGAAGACGAGGAGGAAGAGGAGGAUCAACCACCUGCUAAGAAGAGAAAGUGAGAGUGUUUUUGUUAAAUGUUUAUAUUCUGCUUCUCUAUCAUGGUUGAGGAGAGUAUGUAGUGGAAAGAGGAGGGAGGUUUAGCUUUUCUGUCUCUGAGAGUGUAGGAAAUUAACCAUCCUUGUUCAGAACAAACGAAGUACUUUUAUCAUGUGGAUUGUUACUUAUGCUAGAUGUUAUAUUUAAUUGGAUUAAUAUUCUGGAAA